UCUUCUUCUCUAUUUUAGAUCUAUUUGAAAAUUUUGCUCACCAUCUUCUUCCCUUUUUUAGAUCUAUGAAAUUUUCGUUUUUUCACAUUUAUUUGAAAAUUUUGGAGAUCGUAGGGGUCGGAGGUGAGGCAGCGGUCAGAGGUAGCCGCGGAGCAGCAAGGCGGCGGAGGUAGCCGCGGAGCAGCAAGGCGGCGGUUGGAAUUGCUUAGUUUUACCUCGCCGGUGGAUGCUUUUGGUCCGCGGCUUGUCAAAAAAAAACUACGGAGGAGAAGAGCCGAAAAAAGCUGCGGAGGAGAAGAGCCGGAAAAAAAAAGCUACGGAGGAGAAGGGGUGGAGGAGAAGGAUGAAAUUGGAAGCUCUUUGAGCGCACAAAUGUUGGAGUUUAGCGAGUCCGAAUUGUUCCCGGAAACGCUACAGAUUUCCGAGGUGGGUUCGAGUUCCAACGGCGGCGGCGGGUACGAGGAGCAUUCCUCGUAUUCCACCCAUCUCCCCCUCACCCCUGACGUCAGCACGUUUGACCCCGGGUGUGGGGAGAUGAAGAAUCAAGUCGCCGCGGCUAACCAGAUGUCCGUCGGAGGCGGCGAGAACAACCACUUGUCGAUUAUAUUCGACACCGGAGACGACCUGUCGGCGUCGAUCGACUUUGGCCAGGCCGGUGGAGGCGGAGACGAAAUCUCCCUCCCUCCGCAGUUCCUCAACGGUCCCGCCCCCGCCGCCAUUGGGCUCGAACAAUUCGACAUCUCCUUGUUCGAGAACCACCAUGUUGCCGGCGGCGGGGGACAGCAGUACCCGCCGCCGGACAACCAGAUCGCGCAGCUGAUGGCGGCGGCCGCGGUUGCACCGCCGCAGAUGGGGUGCGAGGAGGAAUGCCUUUCUUCCGCACCUUCCUACUUGCAUAAUAUCCCUUCUUGUUCGUUUCUUGAUCCGAGUUUCGGCAAUUACCUGACGGGGAACCUCAGCCACGCCGCCUUGUCCGGUGAUAAUUCCGGCAUAUGCGCCGGCGGCGGCUAUUAUCUCGGAGCAGACUUACCUCCCCCGCCGGAAUUUCAAGGAGACAAUAAUAACAACAGACUUUUCUGCCCGGAUAACAUUCCACGUGUUUAUAACUGCCACACUGACCCAUUUCAGGCAAUAAAGAGUGAGAAUCAGCAUUUGGUUAGUGGAGGAAGUGGGGGCCACACAGCUUUGGCAUCAAACAUCACAUGCUUGGAAGAUACCACCUUUAAGGUUGGCAAGCUUUCUGUUGAAGAAAGGAAGGAGAGGAUUCAUAGAUAUUUGCAGAAGAGGAAGGACCGAAAUUUUGACAAGAAAAUCAAGUACCAAUGUAGAAAAACAUUGGCGGACAACAGGCCAAGGGUAAGGGGGAGAUUUGCCAAGAACGACGAUCUGGGGGAGGUAUCAGCAAGGGCAUUAUCGUCCAUCACCAGCCAGGAAGACGACACACUGGGUGACGUGGCAUCAAGACACAAUUUCCUCUACGACCCAAAUUACCCCGCUGCCCUCCCCGUCCCCGCCGCCACCGGCGGCCGGCGUUUCAACUCCAAUUGCCUCCUGCCACCUGGACCCGUCCCCGGCCCUUAUGACAUCUGUAACACCCUCUUCUUCGCUGACCCUAACAUGCAACGUUGAUUUUUUUAAUAUUAAUUAAUUAUAACAACGACAACAAGACGACAAAUUUAGCGUAAUUUCACGAAUGAUGUCUGACGGGGAGGGUAU